UAUUUUACUAUUUACAGCUGUCAAAUUAUUUUCUAGUUAAGAACUAAUCGCCACUCAAUGUUGGAGUUAAGUUAACCAUUAAAUUGACAGAUGCGCCUUAACCGGCAUUGUGAAAACGAAUUGUAUGCUACUUUCCGAUAAAGUUAUGAUCAACUGAUUAACCGGAGAUGGUGAAAACGGCCGUACAGAUGCGUUCAACUAAUUUACAACUCUGCGUGAUGAGACUUCAAGUGAUUUGUCCAAAAUGUUUGAGGCUACUGUACUGUCUGCUGAACCAAUUUCCUCAAGCGUAGGCUCUCUACCAAUUGCACAAAAUAACUCGAUGAUAUCAGCACAGGCCUCGCCUCCUUUAAGUUCGGCAUCGAGCGAAAUCACUAAUGAACAAACACUCUUCCGCGAUACCUCCCAUGCUGCAGGAGUAACGGUUAAUCAAAAUUUUACUACUUCAAUUACGGCUGCUACAGCAUCUAUAUCCUCCUCUACUACAACUACAACGUCAGAUCCCCCUAACAAUAGCAGCGAUAAUGUGGUUGGAUCUGGAUCUGCUUCCCGAAAAACAAGUACUGCAUCUGAAUACACGUCAUUAUCUUCUGAUUACACCCCUGAUAAUACUAUUACGUCCUCUGCUUCGGCUUUUACAAUGGAAAAUCCAAAUUAUGCUAAUAACGAAGAUGAAAUAUGUAGUAAAAUUAUUGCACCUCCUCUCCAAUCUUCGACUGGUGUCAUGAAUACAGAGGCACGGGCUAAUUCACUGAAUGUUUUUCAGUUAGAAAAAUCCGAGAUUCUCAUUCAUACCGACGAAGAAUUAGAAUCAUUCCAUAAAUCCGAAGACAUAGAUCAAUGUCAAGAUAAUAUCGAAGAACAAGGAAAAGCACUCAGCCGUACUGCAGAUGUAAUGUCAUUUUCUGCACUGUCAGGGCGUAAAAUAUCGCGAUUUCUAGUAAACCCUGUCAUUUCAUCAGGUGGAGACGGUACUUUAGAAGUUACUACAAAUACACAAUUUGAUCAAAUACCUGUUACACCUGUAUUUACGGAAAUGAGAGAGAUUACUAGUGAAGUGAAAGCAAGGGCUACUGAAACUUUAAAAAAAAUACAAAAAGAAGGUGAAAUUUAUAUUCCAGAUUCAUGCGAUAAGGCAGUCGUAUCUGAAAACUUCACUACCACAGUAUUGAUAACUUCGGCACCAAUGCCUAUGGUAUCUUCCAAUAAUGUUGUAUCUAGUGCUAUGCCAACAUUGUCAGCUACUACCGUAAAUAAUGUAACCAGUAAUACUUUGGAGCAGUUGAAGAUCGAGCUAGAGAAUAUUACACAUGCUCAUGCUUUUGCCAAUUCCGUUGUAGCUUCACUUCAUAACACUACAGAUCAAAAUCAAAUACAACCGCAACCAUCGACUUCAACGUUCUCCCAGCAGCUGCAACAUCAAGAAGAGGUCAAUAAGCCAUCGCCAACAACAACCGCGCAAUCUCUUGGACAGAGUACACCUGCUGGUAUCAUAAAUUCUGCCCGUGGAUCCUCUGUUUAUAACUCCCGUCGUACAUCUCUAGAUAUCAGUGGUGGCUCCGAUUUUCAACAUCUAACAACGAAUGUGAUAGAAGGAGUGGAAUCCUUGUAUCAAGUUCCUAAUUCUCAAAUGCUCACCAACAGUGGUGGGGCUUCCUGCACGUCCGCCCACACUCCAAUUGAUCCCCAUUCUGAAGUUGGAGUAAUAAUGGGAAGUUCAUCAAUCGUAAGUGCCGGGGCUGGACUCGCAGAGUGUGCUACAGGACAUCGUCAACCUUGUGGUCUUACAAAAAGUUCUUUAGCUGAUCUGGAGAAAAAACUCGCUGCGUUGCGAAAUGUCGAUGUUGGAGACGAGACAAAGGUACCCUCUACUCUUCAGAGUGCAAUUUUAAAAGCUCCAGAUGACCAGCGUAGUGCAAGAAAAAUAUCCCGAUUCAGCGUGAGUAGAGUGCAGGAAAAAAGGAGCACCACAGGCAAUGGUAAUACGUUCGAUGUCCCUACGACGCCACCCAUUUGCACAGAUUCACAAAAAAUGCGAAUUGAUUUGCAAGCAAUUACAAAUCCAACUGUUGCUCCUAAAAGCAGCAUCGUUAAUACACCAACCGAAGUUAAUCUUAUUCCUGGCCAAUAUAUUGCUGUGACCAGUACUAUUGGUAGCGGAAUGAACAAUGAAAAUCCGAAGACGCAUCAUAUAUAUCCACAGACCUUACAUCAACCAACUUUUACACAGUUACAGCUUGUUCAACCUACACAGUCAUACACACAAUCACAGACUGCUAAUCAGGUAUUACAACAGCAACAAUUUUUGCAACAGUUACUAUUACAGAAGCGUGCAGCUACACCAGCAUUCCAGCCACAGCACCUUCUUCAAUCAAACUUCAGUUCAAUACAGCAGAACAUACUACAACGCCAUUUAAUUCAACAACAGAUGUCUUCAGUUGGCCAACAUGUACAACAGCAGGCUCCAUCACAGGUCCAUUUAGCUCAGAGACCACAGUUAUUACCCAAUCAAAAGAGCACUAUACAUAUUCCUGACGCGAGCUCACCAGGUCAAAAUCAGCAGUCCCAAAGUCAAUCACAAGUACCAAUCCAGCAACCAAAGAAUAAGCAAGUGCAAAUCCAACAUAAUAAUAAUCAACAACAAAUUCAUCAGCAAUCUCAACAACAGCAGCAAGUGCAGAACAGUCCAAAUCAGCAACCGUUUAUAAGCCAACCAUAUGCUCAAAAUCAGCAACUAAGUCAGAUGCAAAGUCAAACUCAAAGCCAAAAUCAGCAGCAUCAACAUUCUCAGCAUUCGAUUCAGCAAACUACACAGCCUCAUAUUGUAACCCAGCAAACGCAGCCUCCAUAUUCUGGUGGUGAAAUUUCAGAUCAUUCUGUAAUGAUGCCCGUCUCAAACGAGGAACCGGUUUCACUUGCUGCCACUCAUCCACAAUUAUUACCUACUGUAAUUCAAUCUGAUAUCAAACACAACCUAGAUUCAUUGGUGAAUCAACUGUGCAAUAUGCGAUUAAGAAGUAACCAACAUCAGCGGCUUUUAUUACUGCGGCAACGUCAGCUGAUUGAAGAGGACGAAUUACGGCUUAAACACUAUGUUGAAUAUGAAAAAUUUCAAAAAGCGUUGCGUCAAUCUGGAGAAACUCAACCCCAGGUGCUGUAUGUGCAACCGCCGCCUUCGCAGCAUGGGUUUCUAAAUUUGGGAGCAGAAAAUUCUCUGUCACAAGUUCGUGGCUCAAAACCUGCUACAAAUUUACAGUCAACAUUCGCAACUGGAAUCAACCAAACUCAGCCGGUUCAACAAGCGACUUUGCAACAAACUCACCCACAACAGUCAUUUCAAAUUGGUCAAUAUACAAAUCAAUCAACUGUAACUUCAGCAACCGGUAAUAUUACACAAGAACAACUUGCUCAGCGACAACAAUAUUUUCAAAAGUUUUUGUGUCAACUGUUGAGCAAUUGUGGAAAUAAUAUACAAAAUGUAUCAAACAUUCCGGAUAGUUCUUUGGCGUCACUGGUACAUGUUUUCUCUCAAUUAAACACACUUCAGGAAAAACCUCCGGAAAUGGUAAUAAAUAUUAAUCCAGGGGAAGAAAAAUUACCUUCGGUGCAAAACAUACUAUUCUUAAAUAAGAGACAAAACUGUGAUGUUACUCUCAGCUCUGGUUCAAGUACGACCGGCGUGAAAAUAAAUCAAGAUAAAUUCAAAACGAAAAAAGACGUUUUCUAGCAAUUGCAAUACGUUUUCAAAAACAAAGCAUUUUUUCAAAACAUCAACUCGGCAAAAGACGUUUUAGAUUGUAUUUUGAAUUUAUAUAUUUUGUAAAAAAAAUUGACAAAACUGUGUAUUUUAAUUUUGGAAUCGAUAAUAUAAUUGUAUACA